AUGGAGGGCGCGGUGCUCUGCCCCGCCAACCACGCGCCGCUCACGCCCAUCAGCUUCCUCGAGCGCGCCGCGCUCGUGUACGCCGACCGCCUCGCCGUCCUGGCCUCCGCCGGCGUGGCGCGCACCUGGCGGGAGACGCGGGCGCGAUGCCUCCGCGUCGCCGCCGCCGUCGCCGGCCUCGGCGUUCAGCGCCACGACGUGGUUGCAGUGUUCUCGCAGAACAUUCCUGCCGUGUGCGAGCUGCACUUCGGCAUCCCCAUGGCCGGCGCCGUCAUCUGCACGCUCAACUCGCGCCUCGACGCCGCGAUGGCGUCCGUCCUGCUGCGUCACUCGGAGGCCAAGGUCAUCUUCGUCGACCGCGCUCUGCUCGGCGUCGCCCGGAAGGCCCUCGGGCUCGUCUCGGAAGCCGGAGCCAGGCUUCCCGUCUUGGUUCUGAUCAGCGAGCUCCUCGACGACGAACCAUCACCGCCUGAUGCCAAGCUCCAGAUCACUGGAGCCGACUUCGAGUACGAGGCCCUCCUGGGAAGUGCCGGAUCGUCGCCGGACUUCGAGAUCCGGUGGCCAGCCGACGAGAACGAGCCGAUCGCCCUGAACUACACCUCCGGGACAACGUCGAGGCCCAAGGGCGUGAUCUACAGCCACCGGGGCGCGUACCUGAGCAGCCUCGUCUCUGUGCUCCUGAACGGCAUGGCGGCGACGCCGGUGUACCUCUGGACCGUUCCGAUGUUCCACUGCAACGGGUGGUGCCUGGUGUGGGGCGUGGCGGCGCAGGGCGGGACGAACGUGUGCGUCCGCAGGGUGACCGCGGCGAGCAUCUUCGACGGCGUGGCGCGGCACGGCGUGACGCACAUGGGCGGCGCGCCGACGGUGCUGAGCAUGAUCGUGAACGCGACGGCGGACGAGCGGCGGCUUCUGCCGGGAGGUAGGAAGGUGACGGUGAUGGUCGGCGGCGCGCCGCCACCGCCGCAGGUGCUGUUCCAGAUGGAGGAGCUGGGGUUCCUGGUGAUCCACUCGUACGGGCUGACGGAGACGUACGGCCCAGCGACGGCGUGCACGUGGAAGCCGGAGUGGGACGCGCUGCCGGCAGAGGAGCGCGCCCGGAUCAAGUCGCGGCAGGGGCUGCACCACCUCGGGCUGGAGGCGGACGUGAAGGACCCGGCGACAAUGCGGAGCGUGCCGGCGGACGGGCGGACGGUAGGGGAGGUGAUGCUCCGUGGCAACACGGUGAUGAGCGGGUACUACAAGGACAUCCGCGCGACGGCGGAGGCGCUCGCCAGCGGGUGGUUCCGUUCGGGCGACCUGGCGGUGCGUGAGGAGGACGGGUACAUCAAAGUCCGGGACCGCUCCAAGGACAUCAUCAUCUCCGGCGGCGAGAACAUCAGCACGAUCGAGGUGGAGGCGACGCUGUUCAGCCACCCGGCCGUCGAGGAGGCGGCGGUGGUGGGGCAGCCGGACGAGUACUGGGGCGAGACGCCGUGCGCGUUCGUCAAGCUGAGACGAGGCUGUGCGGCGGCGGCGGCGACGGAGGAGGAGCUGAUUGCGUUCUGCCGCGCGCGGCUGCCGCGGUACAUGGCGCCGAGGGCGGUGGUGGUGGUGGACGAGCUGCCCAAGACGGCGACGGGGAAGGUGCAGAAGUUGGCGCUGCGGGAGCGAGCCAAGGCCAUGGGUAGCCUCCGCGCCGCCGCCUCAUCCUCCUCCAAGCGGUCGCCGGCAGGGACAGCAGCUGGGAGGAGCAAACUCUGAACGGCACG